GAAGAUUUAUAUUAACGUUACAGCUGAAUCUGGAAAGCGUAAAAGAGAGAGAAUAAAAAUGGGAAACCCACAUAUUUUAGCCAUACCUUAUCCAGCCCAAGGCCAUGUACUCCCACUGAUGGAGUUCUCGCAACGUUUAGUGAUCAAACAUGGCUUCAUGGUCACGUUUGUGAACACAGAGUGUAUUCACAAGCGGGUUGUGAAUGUAUUGGCAGAAAAGAAUCAUUUAGGAGAUCAAAUUCAUCUUGUUUCAAUCCCAGAUGGGCUGGAUCCCUGGGAGGACAGAACUGAUCUAGGGAAGCUAUCUGAAGCAAUUUUCCGGGUCAUGCCUAGAAAGCUGGAGGAUCUCAUAGAAGACAUCAACAGAUCGGAAGGUGAUCACAUCACUUGUGUCGUUACUGAUGUUAGCAUGGGGUGGGCUCUGGAAGUUGCAGAGAAGAUGAAAAUCCCGAGAGCUGCCUUCUGCCCUGCUUCAAGUGCAACACUGGCCUCGAUCUUUAAUAUCCCCAAGCUGAUUGACAGUGGAAUCAUCAACAGUGAUGGAACUACAACAAAAAGCCAGCUGAUCCACUUGGCACCAAACAUGCCCACGAUGAGCACAACAAACUUUGUUUGGAGCUGCAUCGGUGACUUAACCAGCCAGAAAAUUAUUUUCGAAGUUACUGUUAAAAACAACAACUAUCUGAAAGCCGCUGACUGGCUGCUUUGCAACUCGUCCUUUGACCUUGAGCCAGCAGCAUUCGGCAUGGCUCCAGAGAUUAUACCAAUAGGCCCACUUUUGGCAAGCAACCGAGGCCAGAAUUCAGCAGGGCACUUCUGGCAGGAAGACACGGCUUGCUUAGAAUGGCUCGACCAACAGCCACGGCGCUCAGUCGUAUAUGUUGCAUUUGGCAGCUUCACAGUUUUUGACCAGACCCAAUUCCAGGAACUGGCUCUAGGCCUUGAACUAUCAAACAGGCCGUUCCUAUGGGUUGUGAGGCCAGACAUCACCCAAGGGACAAGUUAUGCAUAUCCGGCAGGAUUCCUAGAAAGAGUAGCCGGCCGGGGAAGGUUGGUCGGCUGGGCACCUCAACAGAAAGUUCUGGGCCAUCCUUCCAUUGCUUGCUUCUUGAGCCAUUGCGGUUGGAACUCAACAAUAGAAGGUGUAAGCAGCGGGGUCCCUUUCUUGUGCUGGCCUUACUUUGCUGACCAGCCUUCUAAUGAGAGCUACAUCUGUGAUGUUUGGAAGGUUGGGUUGAAGUUUAACCGAGACGAAAGAUCAGGGAUUGUUACGCAAGGAGAGAUCAAGAAGAAGGUGGAUAAACUGCUUUGUGAUGAAAACUUCAAAGCAAGGGCUUUGGAUCUCCAGGAAAUGGCUGCAAACAAUGUCAAAGAAGGUGGCUGCUCUGACAAAAAUUUCAACAACUUCGUCGAAUGGCUUAAGGCAUAGACUUUUAUUUUCAUGUUUAAUUAGUUCAAUCCUUCAAGCCUUCAACCUUGAGUUUGUCCGCUACGUUUCUUUCUUCUUCUUCUUUCCUUAACCGUUUUACCAUUCCUAUUAGAGUUAUUCCUGUCUUUGAAGGUCAAGGCUACUGGAAUAAUUUUUUUAAUAUGUAAUAUUUGUUAUGUUGGAGAAGACAGUAAUUAUGUAUUUUUUAAGUGCCGCUUGUGGCACAUAUGUUAUUAUUUUAGAUGUAAAUAUUAUAUCAGAACAAAAAGUUAUUAUUUUUAUAUAUUGA